AUGUUAUUUCCAACCAGUUCUCUGACCCUUUUUGUUCGUCGUUUUGUAAAACGCGGUAAACAACAAUAUUUAAAAGCACGUGCGAUGACAACACUUCAUGAUGUUGUAGGAAAGCUGAAUGAGUUUGCACCGGAAAAUCUGUCGGAAAAGUGGGACAAUGUUGGCCUGCUAGUGGAACCGCGAAACACCAGUUCCAUUACCAACAUCCUCCUGACGAUUGAUUUGACGGAAGCGGUGGUACAGGAGGCCCAGGAAAAGAAUGUCCAAAUGAUCAUUUCUUACCAUCCUCCAAUAUUCGCUCCGCUUAAACGUUUAACCCAAGCAUCGUGGAAGGAACGCAUCGUUAUCGACUGCAUUCGGCACGAUAUUGCCAUCUAUUCGCCCCACACAAGCUGGGAUAAUGUUAGCAAUGGCGUUAACGAUUGGCUAGCGGCAUCACUUCCCCAUGUUAGCUCCCGGCCGAUUCUCGAAAAUCCACUCAAUUCGACAUACGGAGCUGGUAGACUGUGUGAAGUUAAGGGUGAUCCCAUUCCGGAGCGGGAUGUCGCUCAGCUCAUUACCAAGCACACGCAGAUGAACUGUGCCAUGGUUAGCUUGGCAGCGAGAGGGGAGGAAAAUCGCACGAUUCGGACGUAUGCCGUUUGUGCCGGAUCUGGCGCUAGUGUGCUGAAAGGGGUCAAAGCCGAUAUGUACAUUACGGGUGAGAUGUCCCACCAUGAGGUACUGGAAGCAACGAGCAACGGAACGUGUGUGGUGCUGCUCGGCCAUAGCAACUCGGAGCGUGGCUAUUUGGCCGUUUUCAAAGACAUUUUGAGCAAACGUUUGGCGAACGGUGUGACGGUGCACGUGUCCGAAAGGGACAGAGAUCCAAUGAAGCUGGUGUUGAAUGAAAAUGCAAGCUAAA